GCUGUAUCCUUGAAACUGAUGCAUAAUCCCAAAUUUCUUCGGUACUCGUCGCCUUGUAUGAAAGCCUUGAGAAGCCUUGGCUCCUACAGAAAGAGCAAAAAAUAUGAAAUUUAAGACUUCUUUAUAGCCUAUUGAUUGCCUGAGUGCCACAAUGAAAAAAAAAAAAGCUGAAUAUGUAAUCAAUGAUGAAUUGAACUUAGUAAUUUUAGCUGCAGGUAAUGGGCACUUUAUAGAACAGACGGAAUGUUUCUGCCAUCAGAGGCCAUAAAUCAAACGCUUCCUUAAUCAGAGCGGCAAAGAGAGUCCUGCAGAAGAAGACAGAAAAUGACUCCAGCACAGUCUCGGAAGGAGUGAUGAAUGUAGAGGAGGAGUGGGAGGGAGAAAGAGUGAACACUUUGUCCUGUUAGUGAGGCUUGCAGCAGGCAGGCAGAUGGUAGUAGAGUAAUGUUAGGGAAGGCUGUUGUGUGUGGCCCUGUCCCAAUCCCCACACAUACGCUCUAAAGACUCAGCAAGUGCACUUCGGUUUUCUGUCGUUUAUCAAUAAGCUCGGGAUGUGUUGAGACCUCGAGGUUGUUGAGGCACCUGGUAAGGAACCUGAACGGCUCUGCUGUGUGGAGAGUAGCAUAGUGUCUGUAUCACUCAGGACUCAUACAGAAAAUCCAGAGCAAGAAUGACGGAGACAAGAAAAAUGGCGAGAGCAAAACUGGUGCUGCUGGGACGAGAGAACUGUGGAAAGACGGCUCUGUGUGUGAGAUUCAUCACCAAGCGCUUCAUUGGGGAGUAUGACCAUAAAAAGGAGGUGACCUACAGGUGCCGCAAAGUAGUGGACAAGGAAGCGAUUGACUUGGAGAUUUUAGACACAGUUAAUAAGGAGUGUGUUGGACCUGGUGCCGCCCCUCUCGAGAGCUCUAUUAAAUGGGGUGAUGGCUUCUUGAUCGUGUACUCAGUGACAGACCGCAGCAGCUUUGAGGCUGUCGCGCGCCUCAAGAGGCUCAUUGAUCACAUCAGACAGAGCCUUGGAAUUCCCACAGUGAUUGUAGCAAAUAAGAAUGACAUGGAGAAUGGACGGACUGUUAGGACAGAAGAGGGGCAGGCUUUGGCCAGAGACCUGAGGUGUAGUUUUUUUGAGCUCUCCGUAGCAGAGUGCUCCCCAGCGGUGGAGGCAGCAUUCAGCCAGCUGAUCCGUGAGGUGCGGUUGGAGUUCCAUCGCCACCUGUUAGCCAUGGACAAGCGUUCACGUGUGCUGCAGAUGCGGCAUGCACUCAAGAAUAAACUCACACGCAGCAAAACCAUGCAGUGGUGAUACAGCCAAGAAGGUGUUCUGCUAUCUCGGUCUACUAGAUACCAAAUCACUACUAGUUUAGUCCAUCAGUAAGGAAAAUGACUGGACUUGUUUAACAUCCUGAAAAUGAUACAUAACUGAGUCACGUAACUGAGUGAUGGGACAUUCCCAUCCGUUUACACACUUAGCUGCCAGUUUAUUAGGUACAACUUAUACCUUUACUGUAUAGAUGCACUUUAGUUAUACAUCUACUGACUGUAGCCCAUAUGUAGCCCUUCUCUACCCUGACAGCCAGUGGAAAGGGACCACCACUGGACCACCUUUGAUUUUAUUUGGGUGGUGAACCAAUUCUGUGGGAAUUACAAGGCCACAUGAUAGUCAUUAAAGUGUUAAGUCAUUUGAGGUGUCCUCUAUACAGUAAAUAUGAUCACUCUGUUUGAAUGAGUGGCAAGAUAUCAAGAUAAUAACACAUCAAGAUACUAAUAUUAGCUGUGAGGAAGUUAAAAAACACCCACAGACAAAUUGGGAGGUUCCGAACCUCCCAAUUACGGGACACAAUCAAUAUGAUUCCUGCCAUCCUGUUGAGGAAGAUGUCUGAAAAUAAAAUCCUCACUCCAGGGAAAUUUCAGGUAACAAAAAGGGAAAUAUAUUGUAUUAGAACUUUUACAUCUAUAUUUGACUGAUUCCUCCUUUUAGAAGAAUUGCCAGGUGCAAUACAAGUGUGUGUUGGUCUGGGAGAACCCUUUGGAUUUUAGGAAAUAGGAUUUUUCUGACUUUAGCACAUUUUGACACCUAAAAUUUAAGAAAUCAUAAACAUAUAUUUGACCUAAAGGUGGAAAUGUUUUAUUUACUUUUUAAUCUUGCCUAUCCUAUCUUCCUGCAAAGAUCAUGUUGGGUAAGGAGCCAGUUUAAAAACCAUUGCCUGCCUAAAGACGUCUGAAACUUUGCAAACCAAGUGUGACCUCCUCAUACAGUGAAUUUCAUGCUUUGAUCAAGUCGUUGCAUAUCUUCAUGCCAUAGCUUAAACAUUAUUAAUGUUAAGUGAUCAGUGUCUAUGAUGAAAAAAAUCAUUCUUGAUCUGAAAAGACUGCUAGACCUGUUUUAUCAGUAGCCAGAGAUGCCUUAAAAUUGUAGAGAUGACAUGGCUAAGGCUUAACUUUACAUCUUAGUACAGUGUGUUAUACAGCAAGGAAAAUGUUAAACAGAUAAAAAUCUAAUUAAUAUGGUCCAAAGCAUAGCUCAUAGUUUAAUUGUUUAUUGGAUGGUCAAUGAUUUCAUCAGUGAUGUUAAGGGAUAAAAUUUAUUUUGAGAGAAAGAGAGAAAAGGAGGGGAGGCUAUGCUUUACUAACUGAAAGUCAUUUGCUCCUCUGCAAGAUAUGUGCUUUCUUUAGCCUAGGACAUAUGCUAGAGAGAUGGGUGUUACAGAAGAGACCUCAGACGAACUCACACAGACCAAAAAGGGUGAUUUAUGCCAAUUUUUCCUCAUUUAUUUAUUUGUGUCCUAGCUGCAUCAGACUGUUCUGCUGGAGAAACCUUUGAAUAAAGUUGACAAGGCAAUUUUAA